AUGAAUAUUGUUGAAUGGGCAUUCGGCAAGCGCAUGACGCCUGCGGAGCGUCUGCGCAAACACCAACGUGCCUUGGACCGAACACAACGUGAGCUGGACCGAGAACGAACGAAACUAGAGAACCAAGAGAAGAAAUUGGUGCAGGACAUCAAGAAGAGUGCCAAGAACGGCCAGGUCGGCGCAUGCAAGAUUCAAGCGAAGGAUUUGGUUCGGACACGACGCUACAUUCAGAAGUUUUAUCAGAUGCGCACUCAAUUGCAGGCGAUUUCCUUGCGCAUUCAGACGGUUCGAAGCAACGAGCAAAUGAUGCAGUCGAUGAAGGGGGCUACAAUGCUACUGGGUAGUAUGAACCGACAGAUGAACCUCCCGGCAUUACAGCGCAUUGCCAUGGAAUUCGAACGAGAGAACGAAGUCAUGGAUGAACGACAAGAGAUGAUGGACGAUGCCAUUGAUGAAGCUACAGGAAUGGAAGGCGAAGAAGAAGAAGGCGAGGACAUUGUGAAGGAAGUUCUGGACGAGAUCGGUGUUGACCUGGGCCAGUCGCUCGGCGAGACUCCGUCCGACAUACAAAAAGAGACGGUUGGGGAAACCCGAGUUGCUCAAGCUGUUGGUGGCGGAGGCCAUGCAGAUGAUGACGAUGAUCUUCAAGCACGCCUGGACAGUCUUCGACGAUAA